CGUUGGCGGCGCGAGCGACUGGAGCAGCAGCUGCCGCGGAGCUUCCGACGGCGGCGCGAGCGGCGGCGGCGGGGCCGCGGCCGCACCGGCGCGCACGCGGGCACGCGUGGAAGACGGUCGGGCGCUGCAGCGCGGCGGUUCGCGGGGCGCGCAGGUGGCUGUGGCGGGAGAUUACGAGGAUCCUCCGAUCGAGUGGGGCGUGCCAUCAUAUCAGUCAAACGACUGGGCGCACACGACACGGCACGGCUCGUCUGGAGGCGGCGGCCGCGUCGACGACCGCGCCGGGCCCGGGCGCGCGAGCGGCCGUUUUGACAGCCCCCCGCAGCGGCGCGGCGACGGGCGCGGGGGCGCAGAUGAGGGCCUGAGGAGCAUCUACGGGGCACGGGACGAGCAGCAGGCCACGGGCAGCUGGAGGGAAGCUGCUGACAAAUACAGGGCUCGUGCCGAUGAGGGCGCCGCGGGCGGCGCGGAGGCAGCGUGGGAAGGCUCGAGAGGGGCCGGCGGCGACCGCGGGGGCGGCAGGCCACAGCGCUCGCCCAGCGGGAUCGCAGCGGCGGACCUACGGGCGGCGGCGCGCUCGCCCGACCGCCACCAGGAGCCUGCGCCAGACCCGCAGGCUGAGAUUGACCGCGGUUCGCCCGGGCGCGCGCGGCUGUCGUCGCGCUCACUGCAGCAGCAGCAGCAGCAGCAGCAGCAGCAGCAGCAGCAGCAGCAGCAGCAGCAGCAGCAGCAGCCCCAGCAGCAGCAGCAGCAGCUGCAGCCCCAGCCGCAGUCACAGCCCGCACGGCCGCCAAGCGCCCCUCGGUCUCCCUCCACCCGGUCCGCGCAGCGCCCAGACGCAGCCACAGCAGCCAUGCCUGCCCCGCCGCCGGCGCGCUCGCCGUCGCCCGUCCCGCACAGCUACGCGGCGCGCCACAAGCCGCAGCCGGCGGCCCCUGCGCCCGUACACGUGCCCGUGCCCGCGCCCCGCACGCACGUGCACUUGCAACACAGCGGCGUGCGGCAGCGGAGGAGCAGCGGCGGCUCCAGCGGCGCCGGCGCCGGCGCCGCCGCGGACUUCCCCCGCGCGUCCCAGGCGUACCCCGCUCCUCGGCGACAGUCCGGGGGAUCCUCGCGGCGGCAGUCCGCGUCCAUCGGCGGCUCGCAGUCCAUCAGCCCGAUGACGUCGAUUGGCAGCAGCCAGAUCGGCGAUGAUGAUGUCAUGAUUGAGGAGGUGCCGCCCGCUGCACCCGCUCGGGUUUCCAGCAGAACGCAAGCCGUCAGCAGCUCCCCAGCUCCACCGCAGCGGGCGGGCAGCGGCGGCCUGCCGGGCCCGUCGCAGAGGCGCGCUACGGCCGAGCGCGCGCCAAGCGCAGGCGUGGAGGGGGCUGGCAGGGCGGGCGCCCGCGAGCGCGCGGCCGCGGCGCCAGGGGGGCCGGCGGCUGCAGUGUCGCCCGCGGCGGCUCCUGGCCGCUCAACGCGGGCGCCUCCGGCGGCUGCGCCAGUGGCAGCGGCGGCAGCGGCUGCCUCUGGCAAUAGCCUACGGUCGCAGCUCCACCAAACACCACAGAAAACGCAACAGAAGCAGCGGGAGCAGCGGGGGCAGCAGGAGCAGGAGCGGCAGCUUCAAGAGGGGCAGCAGGACGAGCAGCAGCGGCUUCGCGAGGAGCAGCAGCAGGAGGACGAGCACAAACAUCAAAAGCAGCAGCGGCGGCAGCAGCACCAGCACCAGCAGCAGCAGGAGGAGGAGUACGACCGUGAGCAGCAGCAGAAGCACCAGCAGCAGCAGCGGGAGAAGCCACAGAGGCAAAACCCAUGCCUAACAUUGAGCCCUCGCGAGCCCGCCGUGCCUCCGCCGCCCGCGCCAGCCGCCCCAGAGCCCGCGUCCCUCGAGCGCGGCCGCAGCGGCCACGGGCUGCUUGCCGCCCCCGCCCCCGCCCCGGGGUCCCCGUCAAAGCGCGACCGCCGCGCGACCGCCGACAAGGCGGCCGCGGCCGCGGCCGAGGCCGUGGCCGCCGCGGAGGCCGCGGCGGCGGUGGUGCGGUCGUUCGUCGCGCUGCAGGGAGCGGGCGACGAGAGCGACAGCUGUUACAGUGAAGGGGUGGACGUGGAGGUUGUGCCAGCUGGCGCCGCUGAGUCAGCGGGCGCGGCGGCGGCGCCCGCCGGGCGGCGGGAGAAGCCCGGGAUGCGCUGGGUCAGCGAGAAGCGGGAGCAGCGCGCGAAGAGCAGCGGCAGCCGGCUGGCGGGGCCGCCGAUGGCGGAGCCGUCGCCGUCUUGCGGCAGCAGCGGCGGAGGCGGCGGAGGGCUGAGCGCGUGGCUGCCCUGGAAUUGGCAGAGGCAGUCCUCAGCAUCCGAGGAGACGCGGCUGCGGGUCGAGGCGCGGGCGCGCGCGGCCGACGAUGCCCGCGGCGCGGCUGCCGCGGCCGCAGGGCGUGGCGGCGGCGACCUGGUCAACUCCAACGGCUCUCAGAUGCUAGCGGUGACUCCUGGCACGGUGGCCCCGCUGCUCACGGAAGGAGGGGCCGAAGAGGAGCAGCAGCAGCAGCAGCAGCAGCAGCAGCAGCAGCAGCAGGAGAAGCAGCACAAGCAGAAGCGCAGGCGGUCGCGCGCCAGCCAGUCGGGGCAGCCCCCCGCCGCCCCCCAGCCGCAGCCGCAGCCACGCCCGCCGCUCCGCCGCUGGCUCACUGGGCGCGUCGCGCGCUGCAUCGUGGCGCCCGUCAUCCUCGUCGCCCUGGUGACGGCGGUGACCCUGGCCGUCGCGCUUUCCGAGGUUGCCAAGAACAAGGCGGCGAAGAGCAGGGCCGCCAAGGCCGCGGAGCCGACGAUGGACGUCGUGGCUUUUGAGGUUGAGCUGGUGGUGCCGCCGCCGAAAGGGGCGAUGCCGUUCUGGGGGUGCGGCGCCAUACUCGGUGAUGCCAAG